AAAAAAAAGUUUUAUGGGCGGAUGGAAGGGGCCGGGGCAGCUCCGGGGAAGGGAAGGGCUGGAGCUGAAGCGGCCGGCGGCCGAGAGGGGCGGCGGGCUGGGUGCGCCGCGGAGCCCGGCCCGAGAGUCCCCAGCAGCGUCCCGGGGCGCCGCCAUGACGCCUGAUCUGCUCAACUUCAAGAAGGGAUGGAUGUCGAUCUUGGAUGAGCCUGGAGAGUGGAAAAAGCAUUGGUUUGUGCUGACGGAUUCAAGCCUCAAAUAUUACAGAGACUCCACGGCUGAGGAGGCAGAUGAACUGGAUGGCGAGAUCGACCUGCGCUCCUGCACAGACGUCACGGAGUACGCAGUACAGCGUAACUAUGGCUUCCAGAUCCAUACCAAAGAUGCCGUUUAUACCUUGUCGGCCAUGACCUCGGGCAUCCGGAGGAACUGGAUUGAGGCUCUCAGGAAGACUGUGCGUCCAACUUCAGCCCCAGAUGUCACCAAGCUCUCAGACUGCAAUAAGGAAAACACGCUGCAUGGUUAUGGCACCCCGAAGGGCUCCCUGAAGAUAGGGGAGCAGCGGACAGGCUCUGAGGUCAUCGGCCGGGGUGGCUCUCGCAGAGCGGAUGGACCACGGCAGUCACUGGACUACGUGGAGCUCUCGCCAUUGACCCCGAGCUCCCCGCAGCGCGUGCGCACUCUGUCCCGCUCCACUCCCGAGCGCCCGACCAAACAGGAGGAUCUGGAGCGGGACCUGGCUCAGCGCUCUGAGGAAAGACGCAAGUGGUUCGAGUCCACGGACAGCAGGGCCCCGGAGACGCCCAGUGGGGAUGGGCCUCGCAGGGGCCUCGGUGCCCCCCUGACUGAUGACCAGCAGAGCCGGCUCAGCGAGGAGAUCGAAAAGAAGUGGCAGGAGCUGGAAAAGCUGCCCCUGCGGGAGAACAAGCGAGUGCCACUCACGGCCCUGCUCAACCAAGGCCACGGCGAGCGGCGGGGGCCCCCAAGUGACAGCCAUGAGGCCCUGGAGAAGGAGGUCCAGUCUCUCCGUGCCCAGCUGGAAGCAUGGCGUCUCCGAGGGGAAGCUCCUCAGAAUGCCUCCAGACCCCAGGAGGACAGCCAUGUCCCUCCAGGCUACAUCUCACAGGAAGCCUGCGAGCGCAGCCUGGCGGAGAUGGAGUCCUCACACCAGCAGGUGAUGGAGCAGCUGCAGCGGCACCAUGAGCGAGAGCUGCAGCGUCUGCAGCAAGAGAAGGAGUACCUGCUGGCCGAGGAGACGGCAGCCACAGCCUCGGCCAUUGAAGCCAUGAAGAAGGCCUAUCAAGAAGAGCUGAGCCGGGAACUGAGCAAAACACGGAGUCUCCAGCAGGGUCCGGACGGCCUUCGGAAGCAACACCAGCUGGACAUGGAGGCACUGAAACAGGAGCUGCAGGUGCUGUCCGAGAGGUACUCACAGAAGUGCCUGGAGAUCGGGGCCCUGACGCGGCAGGCAGAGGAGCGCGAGCACACCCUCCGGCGCUGCCAGCAGGAGGGCCAGGAGCUGCUGCGCCACAACCAGGAGCUGCACUCCCACCUGUCCCAGGAGAUCGACCGUCUGCGCAGCUUCAUCGCCUCGCAGGGCACCAGCACCAGCUGCGGGCGCAGCUCUGAGAGGAGCUCCUGUGAGCUGGAGGUGCUGCUGCGAGUUAAGGAGAAUGAGCUCCAGUACUUGAAAAAGGAGGUGCAGUGCCUCCGUGAUGAGCUCCAAGUGAUGCACAAGGACAAGCGCUUCACGGGGAAGUACCAGGACGUGUAUGUGGAGCUGAACCACAUCAAGACCCGGUCGGAGCGCGAGAUCGAGCAGCUGAAGGAGCACUUACGCCUGGCCAUGGCUGCCCUGCAGGAGAAGGAGGCUGCGAGAAACAGCUUGGCUGAGUAGAGGUCCCUGUGGUCCAGCUCAGCUGAGGACCCUCCGGCCCCAGGGGACCAGCCACCCUCCUUCUCGGACAGAAGUCAGAAGCCAAGCUUUCUCCCCACCCUGGGUCACAUGUGCACUCACACCUCACACACACACACACACACACACACACACACACACACACACACGUACACACGCACAGACACACUGCGGAUCUGAGCUCGUCCCUCGCACUGGGUCUUACCUUGCACCUUCUUCAGGAUUUUAUAUGUGAAGAGAUUUUUAUAUAGAAUUUUUGCCUUUUUUUUUUUUUUUCUAAAACACUUUAAACUUCUUCAAAAGGCAAUUCUUGGUGGCAUGUACCUCUAGCACUGGCUCCUGUUCCCCUCCGGUGCCCUGCUUAGGCCUCCCUCCUACCCUGGGCAUCUCGCAAAGACCCUAGCAGGGCCAGAGUGAGUUGACCAGAGGGAAAAGGCCGGAGCAGCCCUCUCUUCCUGCCCUACCUCUACUAACUACUUCUGCCCUGGCCAGGUCCACACCCUGGCCUCUGGACUGGGGAACCACUGGACAGAGAGAGGAGUCCAUAGCUGUCCCACAGCUCCACUCCUCUGAGGGGCGCUGGGUGUGGACCACUAGCGCUACCCAUGAAGACACAUCUCUCCUGUUCCAUGAGUCACCCUAACUUAAUAAAACCUUCCAGCAGCUC